AUGCAUUACAAUUGCAGCCCUGGAAACCUCUCCUCCUGCUCUCUCGGAGGUUACCUGGGGUACCCAGGUUCUCCCUAUGAUUCUUUCUACCCCAGCAAUGAAAUCUACUCUCCCAGCACCUGCCAGCUGGGUUCCUCUGUCUUUGAUGGCUAUCAGGAGACCUGCUGUGAACGCACCAGCUGCGGGACAUCCUGUGCUGGGGCCAGACCCUACCAGACAUCCUGCUUCCGCCCAAAGAAUUCCUUCUUCUUCAGUCCCUGCCAAACAAAUUACAUGGGGUCUCUGGGAUGUGGAAAUAUUGGCCUUGGGUCUUUCGGUUGUGGAAGCACUGGUUUCCAAUCUCUGGGCUGUGGGUCCAGCUUCAGUCGUCCAACUUACUUUUCUUCUAGGAGUUGCCAGUCAACUUGUUACCAACCAGCCUUUAGCUCUCGCUUUUUUGGAUCAACUUGCUGA